AUGCCAGUGAAUUUGGACAGUGAAGAAUCUCUGGCUGGUGAAUUUGAGACCUUUUCCCCGGAUGGGAUUGAGGGACAGAUGGAUGGCGGUCGGAGCAGUGCCAUGGAACAGCUUUUUGGUCACCCUUCUGAUGACACUUUUUUGAAUCCUAUGAGGGGGCCUGCGUUUGAAGCCACAGGUCCUCAUGACACAGGUUUGGGCAAGGUGAACUUUGUCGACGCUGGCACAGGUGAAUCAAGCACAGGUGGUGCAUUUUCUCAUGUCGGGAAAACAGCACCGGAUGCCGUUGUGUCAGAAGCAAUUCGUUUGACAAACAAGAAGGCCGUCCUUUUCCCAUGGGAAAGAGGGCGCAUGGCCAGGAUCUUCGGAGACCAAGGGCGUCUUGAGCCAAAGCUGCCUCGUUUACAUGCCAGCAGCAACAGUUUUGUUCGUGUCGACGUUGAAGUGAGAGAAGGGUUGCAGUGUUCCACAGCAAUAGGUGUGCGCCCAACUCGUACAGAUGAUGCUCUCUACUCCAGCGUGGUGAAGCAGGUGGUUGGCGGUUCAUAUCUGGAGGAAAGAGAUGAGAAAAGAGAGUUGGCCGUUCGAGCCUGGUGGGAUCUCUUGCGGCUGGACAUGACCUGCAGUGACCCCGGCAGGAUUGCUCUGCAAGAGACUGGGAUCCUUGACAUGUGCAGAAGCGGGAUGGAGACUCUUGACGCUUCACUAGGGGUCAAGAGCCCGAAUACGGUCAUGAAACGCCUCUAUGCCGUGAAGACCUUCAACACUUGGGUGAUCCGGCAGUCCAGCAAGCAUUGGCUCCCGGUUGAAGAGGGAGCUGUAUGGUCUUACUUCAAGGCCCUGAAGUUGGAGAAAGCCCCAGCGACAAGGGCCACAUCUUUGCUGGAGGCUUUGCGAUUUUGCUUCUUUGUCUUCAGGGUGGAUGGAUGUGAAGAGACCUUGUCAAGCCUUCGUUCGUGGGCUGGCAGCACAGCUGUAUGCAACCAAGAGACCAUGGAGGCCAUGUUGGAAGAAAGACGCAGCUUGAUCGACAGGGUCUUUAUUGGCCACCUGAUCCACAUGGUCUAUGCACGUGCGAGGUUUUCAGAUCUUCUGGCCGCCGUGAACUGUGAGCUGGACGAGGAGAACAUGUUUUUGGAGCUGCAAGCAUCUGUGCACAAGGGAUCGAGGACAGCAGUGACCAAAGCCAUGCUGCUGCCAGUUGUGGCUCCUGCGCAUGGCAUUGUGAAUGGUUGCUGGGCGGCUGACUAUUUGGCCUUGAGAGAAAAGGCCGGGCUCACAUUGCCUGGCAGGGCCCCUGAGCCGAUGUUGCCAGCUCCUGUCAAAGGCGGCAUUGGCUGGCAGAGAAGGUUUUUGACAUCGCAGGAGAUGAAUGCCUUCAUGCAGCGGCUUUUUGAAGAUGGUGGCAUUGAUGUGAGCAGCAGACGCCUCUCGACCCACUCGUGCAAAGCAACGUGCAUCUCAUGGUGUGCCAAGCACGAUGUCAGCCCGGAACACCGUGAGAUCCUGGCAAGGCACAGCAAAGCCUCGCAGGGUCCAACGGCGCUGUACUCAAGAGAUUUGAUCACAGCGGCGCUGCGCAGCCUAGUGGCGGUGAUCGAGGCCAUCAAGAAGCAGCACUUCUUCCCUGACAGGUCACGCUCCGGCAUGAUCACACCAGUGCCCGUGCCUGGUGUGCCAGUGGCUGCCACUCCGUUGCCAGCAACUCCAUUGCCAGCUGCCGUUCCUGAGCAAGCAGAUCAGGUCGCAGGCACGGUGGUUCACGAGACGGCGAGUGUGGUGCCAUCGCCCGAGAGCCCCCUGAUGGAGUCGCCUGGUUCUUGGAACACGGUGGAGUGGCCCGAGCAGGAGUUGCAAGAUGAUGCAUCGAGGGCCCCUGAACCGCCCAACCUGCUGGCAGAUUGGCAGGACAAUUCGAGUGACUCGAGCUAUGGCUCGGACAGUGACAGUGACGUCGAAGUGACCUGGGAUCAGGGUUCCUCUGCAGGUGCACCCUCACAUGCAUCUGCCUAUGCCUGUGUGAAGUGGUUUAUCAAUGGGAAAACCCUUGUCAUUCACGAGCGACGCAACGAGACGUUGUUCAAGUGUGGAAGGGUCAUUGGUGACUCUUAUUUUCCAAUCGCCAGGUUGACUGGCUUGAGGUGCGGCAAGUGUUUUGCCGAUGUCCUGUGA